CGCUACAGGCGCCGCUCACGCCGCUGCUGGGUUCUCGUGCUGCCCGCGCUGAUCCGGCCGGAGGAGCGCCCUGAGAGAAAGCUCUCACUGUCAACAACCUCCCGUCCUGAAGACACUCUUACCACAACUGACAGAGUGGGGAAACAGCCUGAGACCUAGCAUCAUUUAAACCUCCUCCGCAGGCAGAAAAGCCAGAAGAGAAAAAUGAAGGCAAGACGUUUUGAUAUGGUCACCAUGCUGCUGGCAGCUCUGAUUCUAAUGGACAUUUUCCAGGUGAAGGCUGAAACGUUAGACAUGGCGGAUAAUGCAUUUGAUGAUGAGUACCUAAAAUGCGCUGACAGAAUGGAAGUCAAGUAUGUUCCCCAGUUGCUCAAGGAGGAAAAAGCAAGCCAUCAGCUCUUGAAGGAUGUGUGGGAAAAUGCAGAAGCCAAAUGGGAAGCCCAGAAGACGCGCAUCUCCGUCCCGACGAGUUUUAAAGAUACCCACGGAAUAGCGCUGACGGCGUUCGCUGCCGAAGCUCUAGCGCAGACUCCCUUCUACCGCAUGUUCAGCGAAGCUGUGAAGACAGCCGGCCUAUCUCGGAAAGAUUAUGUCUACGACUUCCAGUUCAAAGCUUUUCAUUUUUAUCUGACAAGAGCGCUGCAGUUGCUGAGAAGACCUUGCGAGGACAGUUACAAAGCUGCGGUCUAUAGUAUAAGCCAGGAUGUCUCCUUCGCGGCCGGAGGGCCCAGCCAGGCCAGGCUCGGCCGUUUCACGCUGGCGUAUUCCGCCAGGCCUCAAGCUGCCGACGACCAGCACGUUCUGUUAACCAUCCGCACGUGCUUUGCAAUUGACAUUGAACAUUUUUUUGAUAAAGAAAGUGAGAGAAUUGUUCUAAUACCCCUGAAUGAGAUUUUUCAUGUGUCACAGGAUGGGACCAGCAACAACCUUAUCCUUCGAAGCACCAACAAGACCUGCAGCCAUUACGAGUGUGCUUUCCUAGGCGGACUAAAAACGGAAAAUUGUGUGGAGAACACAGAACAUCAUCUCCCCAUCUAUCUCUACAGCCCAGGAAUGAAAAUCCAGGAGUCCCCAGUCUUACCUGGUAUGGCAAGCCAUGAAGCCACCCAAAUACCUGGGAUGAAAAUUCCAGAAACUGUUUCACUACCAGGAAUAAAAGUGGUACAACUGGAUGAAAAACCUGGAGACAAAAGUCGAGAAGAUAUCGGCAAUCCUGCUCCAGAUCCGGUUCCAGUUCCUGGUCCCAAAACCCACCCCUCUGCGUCCUCGGGCGAAAUGCUCCUUCCGCUGCUGGGGACAUUCAUCAUUUCAGUCAUUGCUUCUGCUAGAAGUCUCUUUGUUGCUUUGUAGUCUGAUGUAUUCUUUAUUUACUUAAAAUACACUCAAGGAGUCCCACAGGAAACCAGCAACAGGAAUGAUGUAUUUUUUCACUUGUUCAUCAAAGUCAUUCGAUAAAAUGAGAACUGAGUAUUUGUUAUUUACUUUGUAAAUUCACAGUUGGUCCAGAUAUAUCAUAGAAUUCAUUUUCCAUUUAUUUCUGUAUUUAUGAUUACAAAAAAACCCCUGUAUCCUUCUGAUUGAAUUCAAUAAAGGACUUUAAGUUUAUUGGAUAUUAUUUCAGUAGAAUUGCCUGAUAUUAAAAUAUCCAGUACCGUUAGUGAUUUAACAAGAAUUUAAUUCCUAAAUUAGAAUUUUAAAGAAGUUUUACUCAUCUUUGAAGGAUCAAACUUGACUUCAAAUACUAUCCUCCAACAAGCUCAUCAUCUUUCCUGAUAUAUAAACACUUUGUAUUUCUGUAAACAUGAUUGUUUACCAAGUUUUUCACAUAUAGUCCCUGAUUUAAAUCUCAUAUUAAU